UUAUCGUUGACCAUGUAACUACCUACCCUUGUACUCCUUUUCAUUUUGCAGAUGGACAACAGUCCUACCACUGGCAGUGUUUCUACUACUGCGGCUGAAAAGCAACGGUUGGCCAAGGCUUCGCUUGCUUUCAAUUGUAAGAGCUCAAUAUUUAGAAAAAUGUUCCCGGAAUAUGUGGAAAAGUACAACCAACAACAGCUUGCAGAGGAGUCACUAUCAGAGCAGUCGUCACUCAUUUCACCUCCCAGGGAAGAUCAAGAAAGCAUAGGAGCAACAUCUGGAAAUACCACUAGGCUAGAAGAGCAAAAUAGAGAAGUCCUCAAUAAUGCAAGAAACAAGAAGAGAGCAUCACAGAAAUUCCCUUUCUGGCUGUUGAUGUUGCUGGUUUCCAUCUUCGGUAUUGUGAUGGCUCUACCUCUUCUUCAACCUUGAAGCAACUAGGAAAUGAAACUGCGAGGUCAGUCCACAUAAGGCUUCUAGCAAUGUUACACACAAUUCAAGGCUGUAUUGGAUCUGGACUCUUGACUCACGUAACUAAAAGUGAACUUGUAUAGGAGGGUAUUAGAAGGUGAAGCCAAAAAUAGUCCGAUUCACUAGUUUGUCUCCUAUUGCGCUGGAUCUGCUUGUUUACAGCUCUGGACAUUUGCUGCCGCUGAUGUCAUCUCAAUUGACCUUGAUGUGGAUCUUGAUUUUUGGCUUUUACAGAUUUAUUUUCUUCCUGCGAA